ACUCAAACUGAAACGAAUCUCUCGCGACUCGAACAGAUCACCUCCGGCACGUUUCACUUCACUCUGCUGAUAUGAUAACACACUGGGGUUUUGACUCCGUAACUCUGCUUUAAGAGAACCCCAGAGCCGUGCAUAUAAACUUCAUGUAAUGACACAAAGAUUAUAACAACAACAACAAACUGAACCGACAGCAGCCACCUUUCAGAAAGCAGCCGGACCGGUUGGACGGCACGAGACCCCGGAAGCGUGAGAGAGCAGAAUGGCCGCUUCUGCUGUCUUCAUCCUGGACCUGAAAGGAAAGGUGCUUAUAUGCCGGAACUACAUGGGCAGUGUUGACAUGAGUGAGAUCGACCACCUCAUGCCCAUCAUGCUGAAGAGGGAGGAAGACGCAGAAUUAUCACCUCUGUUGAGCCACGGCUCCACUCACUUCCUGUACAUCAAGCACAACAACCUCUACUUGGUGGCAAUGACUAAAAAGAAUACAAACGCUGCUCUUGUGUAUUCCUUCCUGUACAAGCUAGUGGAGAUUUUCACUGAGUAUUUUAAGGUUCUGGAGGAGGAGAGUAUACGCGACAACUUUGUGACCGUCUAUGAGCUAAUGGAUGAGGUCAUGGAUUUUGGUUUCCCUCAAACCACAGACAGCAAGAUCUUACUGGAGUACAUCACCCAGCAAGGGCAUAAACUGGAGGUGGGUGCACCACGCCCCCCGGCAACCGUUACCAACGCUGUGUCUUGGAGGUCAGAGGGCAUCAGAUACAGGAAGAAUGAAGUGUUCAUGGACGUCAUUGAGUCUGUCAAUCUACUGGUUAGUGCUACAGGCAGCGUCCUGCGCAGUGAGAUUCUGGGCUGUAUCAAACUGAAGGUUAUUCUCUCAGGAAUGCCUGAGCUGAGGCUAGGCCUUAAUGACAAAGUGCUCUUUGAAAUCACAGGCAGAGAAAAGAGCAAGUCUGUGGAGUUAGAGGAUGUGAAGUUUCAUCAGUGUGUGCGGCUCUCUCGCUUUGAGAAUGACCGAACCAUCUCCUUCAUUCCCCCUGAUGGAGAGAGUGAACUCAUGUCUUACCGCCUUAAUGCCACUGUGAAGCCGCUCAUCUGGAUUGAAAGUGUGAUUGAGAAGUUUUCCCAUAGCCGAGUAGAGAUCAAAGUUAAGGCCCGAAGCCAGUUUAAAAGCCGCUCCACUGCCAACAACGUGGUUAUCCUGGUGCCUGUGCCUAGUGACGCUGACUCCCCCAAAUUUAAGACCAGCACAGGCCAUGUCAAGUGGGUACCUGAGAAGAGUGCUGUCGAGUGGACCAUCAGAUCCUUCCCUGGAGGGAAGGAGUACAUAAUGAGAGCUCAUUUUGGACUGCCGAGUGUGGAGAGUGAUGAACAAGAGGCAAAGAGACCAAUCACAGUGAAGUUUGAGAUCCCUUAUUUCACAGUGUCUGGUAUUCAGGUCCGAUACCUAAAGAUCAUUGAGAAGAGUGGUUAUCAGGCAUUACCAUGGGUGCGAUAUAUUACCCAGAGUGGCGAUUAUCAGCUAAGGACAAACUGAAGGGACUUUUCAUAGUGGUGUGGAGUUACACAGGAAGUGCUGACCUUCUGUCUGCUUCUUUGAAGAGGAGAGACAAAGAGAGACAGUGUGGUGUUGUUCUCACACAGCAGUCAAGCAGUUACAGCCUCCUUACUCUUUCUUUCUGUGUGUGUGUGUGUGUGUGUGUGUGUGUGUGUGUGUGCACUGCUCAGGUACGUGAAUGAAUGUGUUAGGAACACAAAACUAACAAAGUCCAAUUAAUAUGAUUCUCAUGUGGAUUUGAACAUUCUGCUUGGCGUUGUUUUAUAUUUACUUCUUUUGUGAAUGUUGUCUGCUAUGUUUCCUGAGCAAAGUUGGAUUUUUAUGUAUUUAACAGGUACAGUGGUCAGUUUGAAAACUGAAUUUUUGGGAUGUUAUAUUAAAUAUACCUUAUUUGACCUAUUAUCUAUUAUAAUCACAGAUACAGAACGAUGUCAGUUUGUAUUGCUUUUUUUCUACAGAACCCCACUAAGCAAUGAAAUAAACACCUUAUGCAUGAAAUCAA